UCCGCUCCUGGGAGAGUCAGGAACUACAUCUCCCAGCCUGCCCCGGGGGCGCCUCCGCUCUCUCCAGCCCAGGGAAGGGAGUGUUCAGCAUGUGAAAUCGCGCAUGCGCCGAACGAGCCCUGCUGGGGGUGGGAGAACAAAGUUGUUGCGACCCUUAGGGUUUCCAGUUUCCAAACCUGAUGUGAUCUCACAGCUGGAACGAGGGGAAGAGCCAUGGGUCCCAGACCUCCAGGGCUCUGAGAAAGAAGUGCUUCCAAGAACUGCCUUCCCAGGUGAUGGGAUGGUGAGUCAGAAUGAGGAGGAGAAAUCCCAUCAGGAAGAUGCUGAGCAAGGAGAACCACAUGGAACUUUAUCAGGAAGAUCCAAAGGGAAAGUUUCCGGGAGUUGUGCGCUCCCAGAAAAAAACAAAAGCCUGUGAGACAUAGCAGAGGCCAGAGGGAAAUUUUAGUAGCCUCUCAGACCUUGUAACAAGCGACAGAAUCAACUUGGAAGAGACACGCUACACAUGCCAUGAGUGUGGGAAAAGCUUUAGUCAGAGCUCUGCCCUUUUCAGAC